GAGCGUGUGGAGCGUGCACAGCGCGCGGCAAAGGCAGCCGCAGGCUCCAGCUUUGUGUUCGAACAUGAGACCACCAAGGACUUUACCCUCGUGGACACUGCCAAGCCCCAAACGACCCGUCGUCGCAUUCACCGCCGUCCACAGCGCCGUGUUGAGAAGAAGCCCACACCACAACAGCAGCCCAUGUCCCGCAACAAGAACAUCAUGCGCGAUCGUCAACGCCAGGAGCGUCAGCUUCGCGCCAAGUGGAACGCGGCCGCCAAGCGGCGUGGCGAGCGCUACCAACACCGCAGCCUGGGCCCCUCUACAGAGAUCAAGGCGCACUGGGACAUCAUUCGCGAGCUCGAGUUCUCCAAGCUGGCCAAGCCUUUCCUCGAGGUCGAGCCUCCGAAGGAUCUUCAUUUGGCGGGCGACGUCCACGUGUACAACCCUGGCCUCAACACCAUUCGCCCCAAGACCGCAAAGCGUCUUCACAUUCCCGCACGAUCAUCUCGCCACGUUGCUCUCACAACGUCUGCAGACCCCGUCAUGAAGACGUUUAUGGAAAAGGACGCCGCAUCCGUUUUUAUCACGGACGACAUUCUUGCUGCAAUCAUGGUUGCUGCCCGUUCGUUCUACUCCUGGGACGUGAUUGUGCACAAGGAGGGCGAGCGUCUCGUCUUUGACAAGCGCGAGAAGUCCCGCCUCGACUACUUGACUGUGAACGAGAACGGGCCCAACCCGCACUUCUCGACUGACCCGCGCCACCCGAACCACCAGCUCAACCUCAACCGCGAGGCCACCUUUGUCAACCAGCACUUCCAAGAGCAGUGCUGGUCUAAGGAGACGGUGUCCAUGGGCAACCCAGACCCCACCAACGCAGCGCGGCACAAGGUCGGCUACCGGUAUCGUCUCUGGGAUCUUGAGGACGACGUCACCAUGCUUGUUCGCUGCACGCACGACGCGCUCGUCAAGGGCAAGACCGCCAAGUACUUUGCCUCCCUCUGCUCCAUCAACGAGUGGUACCCUGACCUGCGCCAGAACGGCUGGCGAUCGCGGCUCGAGAGCCAGAAGGGCGCUGUGUGGGCUGCCGCGCUGAAGGACAACUCGUGCAAGAUCUCCCGCUGGGUUGUGCAGGCAAUGCUUGCUGGCAACAGGGAGCUGAAGAUGGGGUUCGUGUCGCGCGCAUCGCCCAACUCUGCGACCAAGCACGAGAUUCUGACGGUGCAGCCACAUGCCACGGCCAAGCUUGCCAAGCAGCUUGCCAUCAACAUGCAAAACGGCUGGGGCAUCGUCCGUUCGCUCGUUGAUCUCCUUCUUGACCAAGAGGACGGCGACUACCUCAUCUUCAAGGAUCCCCUCAAGGAGAUUCUCAAGAUCAUUGCCAUCCCCGAGAACGAUGAAGAAGAGCUUGAGGGCGAGGAAGGCGAUGAAGGCGAUGAAGAGGAGCAGGAAGAGGAUAUGCUCGAUGACGAGGAGUUUAUCUAAACUUCGCUCUCUAGCACCCCAUCUCCCACCACUCUUUUCCUCUCUUGCCCCCAUUCUGUCUGCAUCCACCGCGUUGCAACGCCACCUCCCAUCUUUCUCCAACUCUGCGUACACCAUCACGUGCUUUGCUUUGUUUCUGUUGAGCGGUACAUGUGUUGUAUAAACAGAAAUGACAGCA